CUAUUUUCGCGCCUAUUUCACGAUCACGAUCGCCUUCCAUGAUUUAUGUAGCUUUAGGUGCUUUAGGAUGCUUAGAAAUGGUAGAUUACAUUUUUUAUCCUUACUAAGAGUGAGGCUAUAUCUGUUAUUUCCGUGAAAUAUCAAGGGUUGAUGAAAAUGUAUCAUCGAGAGCCAAGCGACACCAGUUUACUAUUCUAAAGCGUACUCAUCAACAACGUUGCCAUACCAUGUCGAGAUUGGAGCGCUCGAACUUGCUCUGUUCCUGCAAAGCAAGAUACCACAAGAUCAACUUUAAUAACCAAGUCUAAUAACUGAAAGAGGAGUUGUACUAUCUUGACGAGAAUAAUGAAGUUUUUUGCAUAAAUCCGGCCAACUUGGGUCACAUUGAAUACUACCCUGUGUAUUCCUAACUACUCCCCGUUUCUACAAAACUUCGCUGGGUCGAGCUGAAGCCGUCUUCAAGCCAAGUGCCAAGCGCUCGUCGAGACUCGUCCAUCGGCUACGACCCUAACACAGACAGAGUCGUAAUCUUCGGUGGGAGAUCAGACGCCACGCUUGGAGACACGUGGAUAUUUGAUUUGACUUCUAAGACUUGGAGCAAAGUGACCGAGACUAGGGUCAAUGGAAAACCGGUUCCUGAACCACGAUUCAGUAUGGUGUAUGGGUCCAAUGGUGGCCACCUCUACAUCUCCACGGGUGAGUUUUCAGGUGGCGGCACCAAGGCCUUUUACAGCGACAUUCUGAGGUUCAACUACAGUACCUCUCAAUGGAGUCUUCUUGAACCCAAGUCCUCGGUGCGACCUGAGGAGCGGUAUGGUAGCGGUGGGGGUAUUCACCCCGAUGGUGACGGUUUCUUUGUGACGCACGGCUUUGCAGAUAUAAGGUACUCCAAUACGUUCAAAUUUGACCUGGAGACGAUGAAAUGGGAAGAGAGAUUUGCGGGAACGAAUAGCUAUAACCCGGCGUACCCACACGCGAGGUGUCUGCAUGGGUCUGCCAUGACGGCAAGGGAUGAGUUGGUGCUCUACGGAGGGUGUUUAGGAGGUGGCCAUACCGGCGGACCAUGCCCAUCUGAAGAUGGAUGGAAGUUCGACAGUGGCAAGAAAUGGACGCUACUCAAGCAGUGCCCCUCCCCGCGUAUGUACUCUGCAAUGGCAAUGCUACCUUCAGGUAAUGACGGCAGGAGGAUAGCGGUGCUGUACGGCGGAACCGAGAAAACCAAGUCUGUGCUAUAUACUGCCGAGGCACCAGAAAACGAAGUAAUUCUGUUCGAUCCUGAUUCCAACAAGUGGUCAAGAAAAAAGAUAGAGGGCGUGGUUCCUAGUAAGAGGGCAGGUCACGUGAUGGCUACUGCUAAGGAUGGGAUCGUCAUGUUUGGUGGAAGUGGUGCAAAUGGCUCGGUGAAUGACAUCUGGCUGUUGCUAGGCAACACUAGUGACGUUGACGAGAUGGAGGACAUUGAGUGUGACGGCAUGAAUCUUAACCUGAUUAUGCUUCAUGGUAUCUUGAUGUUCAUUGGCUGGGGGGUGCUGCUACAGGGAGGGGCGUUCAUAGCGCGCUACUUCCGCCAUAAGGACCCAUGGUGGUUCAAAAUGCACAGGGGACUGCAGGUGUCCGGCCUUGUGUUCGCGAUUGGCGGGUUUGCCUGUGCCGUGGUCUCGGUGCCUUUUGAUCACCUCAUGUUCGCCCAUGGAAGCUUGGGUCUCGCUAUCAUGAUCAUGGGUAUUCUUCAACCUCUCAAUGCAAUCAUCCGACCUCACAAACAUCGAGAUGGUUCGCCCACGCGCAAACGCAUCAUCUGGGAAUGGUGCCAUAAGCUGCUUGGGAGACUGGCACUAGUGCUAGCCCUCAUUAACAUAUGCCUCGGCUUAUUCCUCGCCGUGGUACCACAGGUAGCCUGGACCGUGUGGUAUGCUGUACUUGGAGUGUUCCUGGUGGCUUAUGUCGUGAUGGAGUUGCGGAUAAGGUGUCGCCGCAGCCCGUCUGAAGCUGUUGUUAUCGCCAUGAAGACUACAUGAGUUAAAACAGAGGCUUCUGUGAUGAUAUAAUAUUUUUUUAACAAAUAAAGAGGCUUAAAAAAACAAUGAUUUAUGACUUAACUAUAACAUUUGUUGUAAAUUGCUAAAGAGCUAUGUAAUGCAAAAAAAAUUGCUAGAGAGCUAUGUAGUUAAAAAAAAUAUACUAAAAGUGCUAUGUAGUGCACAAAAAAGGUAGAUUGCUUAAGAGCUAUUUAAUACCAACGGUUGUACAUUUUUAAAUUUAAUAAACAAUUUAAGGUGUUUUAA